AUGGAAUCGACGUCCACCACCGUCACACUCAUCCUCUUGGCCACAGUUGGCAUGGUCACGGGCGUUGUCAUCGUAGGCUUCCACAUUCGCAAAUGCUACCAUGAAAGACACCGGCAACAAAUUCACGCCCACGCCCGGACCGACCCGUUAGGCGACUGGUACCAAGGCAUCCUCGAAGCUGAGUUGGAGGCCGGAGGACGAGUCUGGUCAACAGGAGCUUCUGCAGCCGCCGUCGCCGCCAGCACCACCGCCGUCACAGAGCCGCCACCAGCAUACUCGACUGUCGCACCCCAGCGUGAUAGUGAUCGUGAUCACGGGCAUGAGCAUGAACGAACUGAAUCUACGCCUCGAGCAACGUACAAUAGUAAUGGUUAUAGCAGUGCUAGGACUUCAGUCAUCAGACCGAACACCAUGACGACGGCAUUGGAUGUCAACAUCGACUUCGACAUCAAUUUCGACCUCGAGAUCGCCGAGCCACCAAGGGCACAUAUCCCCCUCCCACCACCUUACUCGCGCGACGAUUCUCAUGAAGAACGCCUGCCGCCGUACAGGAGCCUUGUCUCUAAUGCUGACACCGGGAGAACUUCUGUUCAUAGGUCUCCUUCGGCCUUCCGUCAAGCGCGGCGUACUGCACGUGCACAACGUGUCCGUGACCACGCAGGGGCUGUCAUCGAAGGUGCUGCUGCUGGUGAUGGUCAUCGUCGUGUCGCUGUUGGCGUUUGCGGUCGUCAUUGUCCGUCACGACACUCUUCUUCUUGGAGACGACAGAGGAACCAUAGGUCCAUGCUCGAUAACAUCGAGCUUGGGCGUCCAUAUGUGCACCGAGCGUACACCGAGAUCGAGAGCCGGUGGAGUUGGUCAAGUUCGUCAAGUUCAUCUUUGUCGACUUGA